UCUAAUUUCUCUUUAACGCUAACAUGUCAAACAUUGGACUAUGUGCCAUGAACUGUAAAUGACCCGCAAAAUCCUUCCGGAGGAGUCAAUAUCUCUAGGAUGGAAGCAUCCAAUUGAAACAAGAAUUCAAACUCAGUCAUUGAAUCGGGCAUAUCGCAAGAAAGUCACCACGUCGCAACAGAGUUCAACGAUCCAAAAUCCCACCUACACGUUUCUACUAACGGCGACGAUUACGCAGCCACAUUGAUUAUUCCUGUAUAAAACCCAUCUUCAAUUACUCCUGUUUUCGCCCCAAAAAUCCUGAAAAAAAGAGGAAGGAAAAAAGAACACCUAGAUACUUAUUCGUUGAUUUUUUUUCUAAACAGUAGGAUUCCUUUUUUGGAUUUGCGAUCUCUAAAUCUGGGUUUCGAGGCCUUUGAGCUUUUGUGCUAGCUGAAAUGGGUCCGUUAAGAAGGUCGAAAAAUCCUGUUCAUAUGGCUGUAGGAUGGGUUAAAAGGCAGCCUCCAAAGAUUAAGGCAUUUUUGGCGACAAUUACAGGCAUUCUAACGCUGGUUUUUCUGAGAUUUGUUGUGCACGAUCAUGACAAUUUGUUCGUUGCAGCAGAAGCAAUUCAUGCGCUUGGAAUCGCCGUGUUGAUCUAUAAGUUGACUAAGGAAAAAACAUGUGCAGGCUUGUCUCUUAAAUCUCAGGAGCUUACAGCCAUAUUUUUGGGAGUGAGAUUGUAUUGCAGUUUUGUAAUGGAAUAUGACAUCCAUACAGUGCUUGAUUUAGCAACAUUAGCAACAACCUUAUGGGUUAUCUAUAUGAUUCGAUUCAAGCUAAAAUCAUCCUACAUGGAAGAUUUGGACAAUCUUCCAAUAUAUUAUGUGGUGAUUCCUUGUGUUGUGCUUGCUUUGUUGAUCCAUCCAACAACAUCACAUGCACUAGUAAACAAAAUGCUUUGGGCAUUCUGUGUAUACCUUGAAGCUGUGUCAGUCCUGCCUCAGCUUCGGGUGAUGCAGAACACACAGGUCGUUGAACCAUUUACAGCUCAUUAUGUCUUUGCACUUGGUGUUGUGAGGUUCUUAAGCUGUGCACACUGGAUACUCCAGGUUUUUGAUACUAAUGGGGUCUUAUUGACUGCUUUGGGCUAUGGCCUAUGGCCACCCAUGGUGCUUUUGUCGGAAGUUGUUCAGACAUUUAUUUUGGCAGAUUUCUGUUACUACUAUGUUAAAAGUGUUGUAGGUGGUCAACUGGUGGUGAGACUACCUGCUGGAGUGGUGUAAAAGUAUUUUUGCACAACUUGUUCUGUAUGGCAAAGCAAUCUGAAUGCCUGGCUUAACCAAAGAUAAUUUAGAAACACCACUGAAAGAUAAACUGUGCAGCAAUUAUUUUUGUAUUUCAUACACCUAUCAUAUAUUUUUAGUGUAGGACUUGCAGGUUAGAUUACAAAUGGUCAAGGGAAUUUGUUUGCUGGAUACAAUGAUAACAUGCGUUGUCAUCAUCUAAAAGAAUGUCAAGCUCUAAGUAUAAUCACAUCUGUUUCUGAUAAUAAAGGUCUAUUUUCUAUUA